CAAAGCAUUCAAGGUCAUUUUACUUCAAUUGGAUUAAUUUAUUAUUAUGAGAUAAAAUUAGAAAAUAUCAAAAUAUGUUUUCCAGCAUUCGUGUUAAAUAUUCACUAAUUUUAUCUAGUGCCAAAUUAGUAAAAAGAAAUUACAAAGGAAACCACAACGCUGUUGAACUGACCAAAGAUCGAUACAAAAUCAAGAGAAAUAAUUAUUCUGUGAUUAAUGAUAAAGAUAUCAGCUUUUUCGAAAAUCAAAUAGGAAAGUCUUAUGUUGUUACGAAUUCAGAUGAUAUUGAAGGCAACAACAUUGAUUUUUUAAGAAGUUGUCGGGGGAACAGUCAACUGUUAUUAAAACCUAAAAAUGAAAUUGAAAUAUCGCAAAUAUUAAAAUAUUGUUAUUCGCGAAAUUUAGCGGUUUGCCCACAAGGAGGAAAUACGGGAUUGGUUGGGGGUUCAGUUCCAGUUUUUGAUGAAAUUAUAAUAUCAUUGCAAAGACUGAAUGAAAUUUAUAGUGUUGAUGAAAUUACUGGUAUAAUUACAUGUGGUUCAGGUUGUAUUUUAGAAAAUUUAGAGAAUGAAGCUAAAAAUCACGGACUUCGCUUUCCACUAGACUUGGGUGCCAAAUCUACUUGCCAAAUUGGUGGAAAUGCUUCAACUAACGCUGGUGGUUUACGUGUCAUACGUUAUGGAAGCCUUCAUGGAUCUAUUUUAGGAAUCGAGACCGUUUUGGCUAGUGGAAAUAUUUUGGAUCUAAUGUCAAACUUUAAAAAAGAUAAUACCGGUUAUCAUUUAAAACAUUUAUUUAUUGGGUGCGAAGGAACAUUAGGAAUUAUCACAAAAGUAGCCGUAUUAUGUCCAGCAAUAUCUAGUUCAAUAAAUGUUGCCUUUAUAGCUUUACCAUCUUUUGAAGCUGUUUUAAAAACUUUUGUGAAGGCAAAAAAAUAUUUAGGAGAAAUAUUAUCAGCAUGUGAAUUAAUAGAUGAAAUAUCUUUUAAAAGAAGUGUUGAAACAUUUAAUUUAAAUCCUCCAAUAUCAGGAUAUCCAUUUUAUAUGCUAAUUGAAACUUCAGGUAGUAACAAUAAACACGAUGAAGAGAAAUUCAAUAUAUUUUUAAAUAAUGGUAUGGAAAAUGGUGAGAUUUUAGAUGGAACAUUUACUGGAGAACCAGGAAAAAUAUCUGAAAUUUGGAAAAUUAGAGAAUUGGUUCCCGUAUCUUUGAUUGAGGAUGGAUAUUGUUUUAAAUAUGACAUAUCUUUGCCAUUAAGGGAUUUUUACAAAAUUGUGUUGGUUAUGAGAGAAAGAAUGAAAAACUUUGAUGUUGAUGUAUGUGGAUACGGUCAUAUAGGGGACUCUAAUCUUCAUUUAAAUGUUGCAUGCAAAGGAUUUUCACAAGAUAUUUAUAGAAAAAUUGAACCUUUUGUAUUUGAGUAUACUUCAAAACUAAAAGGAAGUGUAAGUGCUGAGCAUGGAAUAGGAUUUUUGAAAACAAAAUAUUUACCGUUUUCUAAAAGUGAUGAAGCAAUCAACUUAAUGAGGAAUAUAAAAACAAUGUUAGAUCCAAAAAAUAUUUUAAACCCAUACAAGGUUCUGCCACAAGAAUAAUUUUCAGUUUAUUUUUUAUGAGUUUUUGAUAAAUUUUUAACUUUAGUUUUCUUCAUGUGUAAAUAUGUAUAGCUAAAAUAUCUUAUAAAGUGCAAUAUAUUAAAUUUCUAAA